UGAUUGAGAGACCCAUCUACAAACAUCCCUCAUUCUCAGGUGUGUAAUAAAAAUGGUGCAGAAAUAUCAAUCCCCUGUUCGGGUCUACAAAUAUCCUUUUGAGCUCGUCAUGGCAGCAUAUGAAAAACGCUUUCCCACAUGUCCAGAGAUUCCAGUCUUCCUGGGGAGUGAAAUCCUGCAUGAAUCCAGGAGUGAUGAUGGAUCUAUACAUAUCAUUGAACGGAGCUGCAAACUGAAUGUGGAUGCUCCUAGGCUGCUAAAGAAGAUCGCAGGGGUAGAGUAUGUUUUCUUCAUACAGAAAAACACAGUGAACUGGAAAGAACGAACUCUCCGCAUUGAAGCCCACAAUGAGACUUUCGCCAACCGCGUUGUUGUCCUUGAGACGUGUAGCUACUCAGUACACCCUGAGAAUGAAGAGUGGACUUGCUUUGAACAGUCUGCAUCUCUCGACAUCAAGUCAUUUUUUGGCUUUGAAAGCACAGUGGAAAAAAUUGCCAUGAAGCAAUACACUUCAAACAUCAAACGGGGCAAGGAAGUGAUUGAACACUAUCUGAAGGAGUUGAUCUCGCAGGGUAUCACAUUCAUCCCCCGCUGGACACCUCCCUUGGAGAGCGGGCAGAAGGAUGAGCAAACCCUGGCCGUUGGACCCGGUGUCGAUGACGUCCCGGCCGAGAGUGGGGCUCGUGGAGCUACCAAAGAGCCAGCGGGCAAUUCCUGCCCUUCGGCAGAGGCGGUCAGUCCUGAUGCUGACAAACUGGACGCCGACUACAUCGAGCGGUAUCUGGGCCAGCUGACCCCAAUGCAAGAGAGCUGUCUGAUCCGCCUUCGCCAGUGGCUCCAGGAAACGCACAAAGGCAAGAUCCCCAAAGAUGAACAUAUCCUUCGCUUCCUGAGGGCUCGUGACUUCAACAUUGACAAAGCUCGAGAGAUGCUCUGUCAGUCCCUGACCUGGCGCAAGCAGUACCAGGUGGAUUACAUCCUGCAGUCCUGGAGGCCCCCAGCCCUCCUGGACGAGUACUACACUGGAGGAUGGCAUUAUCAGGACCGAGAACAAAGAGUGCUAUCAAGUUUUAACACCUACAAAUGGCUAUCCUGGACAUGUCUAGUGGACUUGGAAGGCUUGAAUAUGCGGCACCUCUGGCGUCCUGGAGUUAAGGCCCUGCUUAGGAUCAUCGAGGUUGUUGAGGACAACUACCCCGAAACCCUGGGGAGACUGUUGAUAGUGCGAGCUCCCAGGGUCUUUCCUGUACUCUGGACACUGGUUAGUCCCUUUAUCAAUGAGAAUACAAGGCAGAAGUUUCUGAUUUACAGUGGGAAUAACUACCAGGGGCCAGGAGGGCUAGUAGACUACGUGGACAAAGAUGUGAUCCCAGACUUCUUGGGAGGAGAUUGUGUGUGCAAUGUCCCAGAAGGUGGGCUUGUGCCCAAGUCACUCUACCAAGCAGAUGAGGAGCCAGAGAACCCAGAGCACAUCCGGUUAUGGACAGAAACGAUCUAUCAUUCUGCAAGUGUCCUCAAAGGAGCUCCGCAUGAGAUAGUUGUAGAGAUUUUGGAAGGGGAAUCUGUGAUCACCUGGGACUUUGACAUCCUGAAGGGAGAUGUGGUGUUCAGCCUCUUUCACUCCAAACGAGCUCCUGAAACUGGUCGCAAAGAAGCCACGUUACCAAGUACCUCUCUUGCGGGGGACAAUACGCAGCUGAUUGAUAAGACCUGGGUCCUGGGGGUGGAUUACAGCCGUAUGGAAUCUCCGCUGGUUUGUCGGGAAGGAGAGAGCAUCCAGGGAUCUCACGUGACUCGCUGGCCCGGCUUUUACAUUCUCCAGUGGAAAAUGCACGGCCCUCUGCCCUGCUCUGGCACUAGCCUCCCUCGCGUGGAUGAUGUCCUUGCCUCUCUGCAAGUUUCCAGUCAUAGGUGCAAGAUCAUAUACUACUAUGAGGUGCUUGCGUCCAAGGACUUCAGGUAG